AUGAACAUUCAUACUAGUGCGGAUUUGAGUGACACUUUGAUGGAUCGCAUGGUUCUCAAUGAAGCUAACCUCACCAAUGCCGUGCUUGUUAGAUCAGUACUCACACGUAGUGAUCUUGGGGGUGCCCAGAUUUCAGGUGCUGACUUCAGUGAUGCUGUCAUAGACCUUCCCCAGAAACAGGCUCUUUGCAAGUAUGCGAGUGGCACAAAUCCUACUACAGGGGUAAGCACCAGGGCAAGCUUAGGUUGCGGAAACAGCAGACGAAAUGCAUACGGCACACCUUCGUCUCCCCUGUUAAGUUCUCCACCGAAGAAAUUGCUGGACCGCGAUGGUUUUUGUGAUCAAGGCACUGGUCUUUGCGAUGGGAAAUAA